AAGUAGUCUACUAAAAUCUGAACAGGAGUAAAAAUUGCAUAGGUUCAGCAUUCCUGAAAGUAAGAAGCUGCCAGCGUUGUUCUGAACUGCGCAACACGAGCAGCGCUGGCUCCGAGCUGGCCAUGGAGAGGGUUCGCCGUUGCUCCUGCAGCACUGAUGGGCAGCGCCUGGUGCACGCUGUCCUUCCGGCUGCAUUGCCAGGGUCUGGAUUUUUUCUUUAAUAGGGCACAUGUUGUUGACUAAAACCACUUUGGGUUGGAGAUGAUGACAUGUCUCACUGGGGAAUGAGUUAAUGAUCUGGUGACCCUAUUUUGUCCCUCCUCCUGAACCUUUCAAAUUAAUUCUAGAGGUGAAUUGCAUUUGAAUGGAGAAAAUAGCAGUGCACAGCUGGCCUAUUGAUUCUGGCCAUAGAGUUGUAUUUAGAGAGCUUUAACGCAGUAACACAGCAUUUAAAAGUGACUAAGUGCAAAGAAAGCAGAAUUGCUGUCAUUAUACCUUCAAUUUUUACUGACUCUAACUGGCUGAUGGUCAAAUGACAAGGUCCGCUUGGUUGCCAGCUGGUUUUAUUACUUAGUGCUAAGUCUUUAAGAACCAUUGAACUUGAACGGAGCCUUAAAACGACAGGCCCCAUCUUGUAAACACUUUUGAAUUCUGUAAGAGCACUGAAACGGCUUUACACUCCCACAUCCCUAAAAGCUGUGCAUGUGUGUGGGUGGGAAUCGGUGGAGGAGUGCAUCUGCGGUACUGAAAGCUGGCAGAAACCUGGGCAGAGGCAUCUGGUUCAUAGCUCUUUGUCCAGCAGAGACUCAGACUACUUGGUGGCCUUUAUUUUUAGGAAGCAAAGUCAUUUAGCCUCAAUUUUCUUUGAGAACAAGGCAGACAUAAAAAUUUUAAGUCUUUAAGGAUAUAGAUCGUGAUGUUCAAACUUAAUUUUUUCCCAAGGUAUUGCAGCUAUUCAAAGCAGAACUUUACUCCAUUUGGAGUGUUUGUGCCUCUCUUAUUCUUACUGUUUUUCUGCAACUUUGAAAGCAGAAAACAUGUUUGUUCUUCAGCUGCUAAAUCCUUAUCAUUUAUCUUCCCAGUGGAAAUCAAGUACUGUUUAGAACCGUGGGCUGAAUUGCCAGUAACCUAAUUUCCACUGGAGGUGGUCCACUAAUGAGAUGUUAACAGUUAGCUUUGAUUUCAAAGUUGGUACUCUACUGCUGACUUCUAGUAUAGGUGCCUAAAAUAUUUGUUCUUUCCAGGGCUUGGGUCUACCACUGCAGGGACAAUUUCUCCUUUUAAGCCAGUUGUCUGAUAGAAACUUCUGCCAGCGUGUAUCGAGUUGGCAUCAAUACUCUUGAAAUUUGCUUGUAUUGUAUUUCUGUAGAUUGUAAUGAGAAUUAAUUACUGUCCUCCUCUACCCGUCCAGAUGUUUACUCAGCUGUUGUGGGAAAACUUCACUUAAGCAGAUGCUGUGAAAAAUGACCUGUGCAAUGGAUGUGAUACAUACGCAGAUUAAUUUUUUUUUUUCAGUAGCCCAGCUUAGCGUUUGUUAUGAGAAAACUACUAUGAGAAAACCCUAACAUAGCACUAUUUUUCAUUUGAAUAUAAGGCCAAACAAGUAGAUCUAUACAAACCUGAAUAUGAAAAACUUCUGACACCAUAAGAAGACUUCUGAGUCCCAAACAUCGCUUCUCCAGGGGUUGGCAGCCUGUUCACAGAGGGCUGCGCUGAGGUGAAGUACACUGCUCAGUUUGCUCUGAGCACAGAGGGAUCUCUCUUACAGUACGUGGCGAAUCCCAUGGAUCAGAGGCUGUUUGAAUCUUGCUUUUGACCUUAGUGGAAGAUGAAGGACCACCCAUCACUUCAGAGACGUUACCUGCCACUAUGAUGCCCGGGGGCUUAUCUGAGGCCAAGCCUGCUACUCCAGAAGUCCAGCAUAUUGUCAACCAGGUGAAGCUGCAAUUUGAAAGCAGGGUGAACAGAACAUGUGGCAUCUUUAAAGCCAUAGUGUAUAAGACUCAGGUGGUUGCUGGAAUAAACUACUUCAUUAAGGUCCAAGUUUCUGACAACGAGUAUGUCCACUUAAGGGUGUUCCAGAGCCUUCCUCAAGAGAACAAAGGUCCCAGCCUUGUCAGUUUUCAGACUGGCAAAACCAGAGAUGACCCUCUGACCUACUUCUGAGAGACAAUGAGGAACAGUGCCUCGCUUCACUUCUGCAAGUAGCAGAGAGAUUCUGCCUAUGUCAGUAAAUGCAUGAAAAUAAACUAGUUUUGAAGGCUAUUUGUUA